AUGCUGGCUCCAGGUGCGACGAUGAACGACUCAACAACUACAAUUGAGCUGCAGAGUCGUCCAACCACCACGGACUCGCGGACAGAAAUCCUGUACGAGCGCAACAGGACCGCGUCUGGCGAGAAGCUUCCAGGCCCAGAGGCCGAGAGCCCCCCAGCGGAUCCUCCUGCUGAGGCUGAACCGUCUGGGCAGCAGAUUACUGGGAUCAAACUGUUUGCUAUUCUGGCAAGCGUUACAUUGUCCGCUUUUUUGAUGCUCCUUGAUGGCUCGAUAAUUGGCGUGGCUAUACCUAAUAUUACCAGUCAAUUCCAAUCAAUCCAUGAUGUCGGCUGGUACACUGCGGCAUACCAGCUGUCCAGUGCUGCACUGCAGCCCCUGUCCGGCAAGAUAUACACUUCCUACAACACGAAGUGGACGUAUCUUGUCUUCUUUGGUCUGUUUGAGCUAGGGUCUCUCAUCUGCGGUGUCGCCAACUCCUCGUCUACGCUGAUCGGAGGAAGAGCAGUGGCUGGCAUCGGAAGCUCAGGUCUGCUUAAUGGAGGAAUGACAAUUAUUGCCGGCGCUGUACCGCUGGAGAAACGGCCUGUCUAUACCGGAGUCUAUCUUGGAAUCUCCCAGCUUGGAAUCGUCUGCGGACCUCUCAUAGGAGGUGCUCUGACCCAGUAUACCACCUGGCGAUGGUGCUUCUAUAUCAACCUGCCUGUCGGCGCCGUCACCGCAAUCCUCCUCCUCUUGCUCCACGUCCCUGAACUCACUGAAAAGCCUCGAUUCUCACUCGACCUCGUGAAGAGAACAAUCCCCGAGCUCGAUCUUAUUGGGUUUACGCUGUUCGCGCCUGCUGCGAUCAUGGCUCUACUCGCCCUAUACUACGGCGGAAACGAGUUCCCCUGGGACAGUUCCCAGGUCAUCGGUCUGUUCGUCGGCGCUGGAGUAACCAUCACUGUAUUCGGAUUCUGGGAGAGAUAUAUGGGUGAUCGAGCGAUGAUUCCGCCCUCGAUGGUCAGUCACCAUAUUGUCUAUACCAGCGCCAUCAAUGGCGCGACCUUGGUGGCUUCCAUCCUCGUGGCCGCCCAGUAUCUGCCCAUCUAUUUCCAAGGUGUUCGGGGAUAUGGACCGGCUAUGAGUGGAGUGAAUACACUGCCGGGUAUUCUUAGCCAGCUGCUCACAGUCAUUGUGUCUGGAGGGUUGGUGCAGAAGCUUGGUUACUAUCUCCCGUUUGCAGCUGCUGGAAGCGCCAUCGGUGCAGUGGGAAACGGGCUCGUUACCAUGUUCGCACCGGACACUCCCACGGCCAAGUGGAUAGGCUAUCAAAUUGUGUUAGGAAGCGGUCGAGGCAUUGGAAUGCAGAUGGGAAUCAUUGCCAUCCAGAACCUCCUCCCGCCCGAGAAAAUUCCUGUGGGAAUUGCCUUUAUGAUUUUCUGUCAGAACUUCGCGGGGGCUAUUUUCGUCGUUGUCGGCGAGGUUAUCUUCACGCAGCAGUUGGUGAAGCAGAUUCUGGCACACGCACCGUCAGUCUCAGUAGAAGCUGCCCUUGCUGCUGGAGCGAGCGCGAGUUCUGUGCGCGCUCUGGUACCGGAUGGGAGUCCAGAGCUUGCAGGAGUGCUGCUAGCCUUCUCGAACAGUGUCGACAAGGUGUUCUACCUGCUCAUGGGUCUUUGCUUGGCUGGAUUUGUGGCUGCGUUCGGCAUGGGCUGGGUUGAUAUCAGGAAGAACGCAAAGAAGCCAGAGGCGGAGUCGGAGAAUCCCUGA